CAUCAAUUUGAUCUUCAACAAUCAAACAAACACAUCAUGUUCAAAUACGUUGUAUUCGCUGCUCUUUUGGCUGUAGCCUUCGCUGAUCCAGAACCUAAGGCUAAACCAGGUGUCUUGGCUGCCGCUCCAGUCGUUGCUACUCCGUUGGCUUACUCUGCUGCUUACACUAGUCAACUUGUCGGUGCUGCUUACGCUUCACCGUACGUCGCAUCUCCAUUGGCUUACUCUGCCGGUUAUGCAGCUCCAGUUGCUUACUCCGCUCACCCGGCUGCCUAUUCUGCUUACCCAGCAGCCUAUUCUGCUUACCCAGCUUACACUUCACCGAUUGUCAAAUAUUUGUAAAAAAAAAGCUGAAC